UGCGACUGCGACAGCUAGGCGGACAGCCACGCCUCUGCAGAGGCCGCCCGGAAGCGCUCCCGCUCUCGUCUUCCCCGCCACGCUGACGUCCUUUCGGGCCCCGCGCCCAGCAGGAAGGGGAACUCUUUUGCGGCGGACUCAGACCGGAAGCCGCUUUUGUAGCGGAGAGGCCGGUGGGGGAGGAGCAGGCCGAGGGGAACGUGGGUUGAACGUUGCGGAGGGUGUCGUGGACCCAGCCUGGAACCGGAGUUCGGACCGACCUGGUGCCAAGAAGGGGAGUGCGCGCGGCAGGGUUCAUUGAAAAAAUCCUUAGUGAUAUUGACAUGUUUCAAGUGACAUAAAUUAGCCAAUGACUCGGAAUGAUGGAUUUCCCGAAGAUUGGAAAUGGUUUGCCAGUGAUUGGACCAGGGACUGAUAUAGGGAUUUCUUCACUCCACAUGGUGGGGUAUUUGGGAAAAAAUUAUGAUUCAGCUAAAGCCCCGUCAGAUGGGUAUUGCCCUGCUUGUAGAGAGAAAGGAAAGUUAAAGGCCUUAAAGACUUACCGAAUUAGUUUUCAAGAAUCUAUCUUUUUGUGUGAGGAUCUGCAGUGCAUCUAUCCUUUGGGCUCUAAAUCACUUAAUAACUUAAUUUCUCCUGAUUUGGAAGAUUGUCACACUCCAAAUAAGCCUCAAAAAAGAAAGUUCUUGGAAACCAAGUGUAAAGAUGCAUCUCUUUUAGCAAAUGCCAAAAAGACUAAAAAUCAUAUUGUUACUGAUGGUGAACAAGAUUUGAACAGCAAAGAUAAUGGAGAAGCAUAUGAUAAAACCUCGUCUCGCUUACCUGAUUUACCACACAGUGGUCCACAGAAUCCAGUUAGGACAGCUGAUUCCUUGGAACAGACUGAGAUUUUGGAGGCUGAUACUAUUGAUUUGGCUGCUGAAGGAUAUCCUUCUACAGUUGAUGUUUCUGGAACUGGAGGGAUUUCUCCUCAAAAUGAAGGAUGCAUGUCUGAACUGGAAAUGCCAUUGGAGAGCAAAUGUACAUCACUUUGCCAGUCUUUAUGUGUCCAAUGGAAAAAUGCUAAUGCUCUCUGUUGGUUAGAUUGUAUUCUGUCAGCCUUGGUACACUUGGAAGGGUUAAAAAACACUGCGACUGACCUGUGCCCUAAUGAGGACUCUGUGUUCUGGCAGUUGUUUACGAAGUAUAAUCAAGCUAAUAAGCUUCUGCACACCAAUCAAUUGGAUGGAAUUAAAGAUGGAGAUUGUGAAAAACUUACUUCAGAAAUAUUUGCAAAGAUAGAAGCCUGUCUAAAUGAAGUCAGAGAUGAAAUUUUCAUUAGGCUUCAGCCUCAGCUUAGAUGCACCUUAGGUGAUAUGGAAAGUCCCGUGUUUGCACUUCCCCUGCUCUUAAAAAUGGAACCCCUCAUUGAAAAGCUCUUCAUGUAUUCUUUCUCAUGGAAUUUUGAUUGUUCACAAUGUGGACACAAGUAUCAAAAUAGAUGUAUGAAGAAUCUGGUCACUUUUACAAAUGUCAUCCCUGAGUGGCACCCACUUAAUGCUGCCCAUUUUGGUCCAUGUAACAAUUGCAGCAAUAAGUCACAGAUAAGAAAAAUGAUAUUGGAAAAAGUAUCUCCUGUAUUCAUGUUGCACUUUGUGGAAGGCUUGCCACGUAAUGACUUGCAGCACUAUUCAUUUCAUUUUGAAGGCUGUCUUUAUCAAAUAACUUCUGUAAUUCAGUACCAAGCAAAUCAUUUUAUAACGUGGAUUUUAGAUCCUGAUGGAAGUUGGCUUGAAUGUGAUGACCUAAAAGGCCUACGUUCUGAAAGACGUGAGAAAUUUGAAGUUCUUGGUUCAGAGAUACAUAUUGUUAUUUGGGAAAGAAAAACAUCCCAAAUGACAGAUAAAGCAUCUGCCUGCCUUCCACUUAAAAAGAGUAAUGAUGAGCCUGCUUUCAGUGAUGAGAAACCAGCCUCUCCAACAUCGUGUUCUGUGGGUGAUACUGCCCCUGCUGGGCCGUCCUCAAGAACUCUCCCCACUGAUGGGGCAGUUGCUCCUAGCAGUCUCUUGCAGGGUGAAGCUGUAGCUUGUGGACAUCAUUUAUUUUCAGGUCCAGAAGAUUUGGUUGACAAUGAUAUUUUGUCUUUGACACUUGAAGAAAUACAGAUUAACUCUGAACAUUUCCUAAAUGAACAUGUUGCAGAAAAUGCAGGAGUCUGCAAAACAAAUACUUCGCAAUCACAAGAGUCACGAGUAGCUUCUUUAUUAUCAGCUUCAUGUGUUGAAAAGCUUACUCAAGACCAAGUCUUGGAUUUAAGCUUUCCAUCUCAAAUAGAUGUAAACAUGCAGUUGGCACAGAUGAAUACAAAAGACGUUGUAAUUACUAAAUCUGUGAAUAGUACUCAUGCUACUCAUCCUCCUAUACAUGGAAUAAAGCCAAUAGAAGUUGAGGGUACGGUUGCCCUAGAGGACACUCCAUUAAAACAGUUUCUUUCACCCAAAACUGAGAAAUUAAAACCAGAACAACCUGUUACAACUCAGGUAUCUAAUUUGAUGAAAAAUGAAACUGCAACAUUUUCUCAAAGCAUGAUAAUGAAGUCAGUACAGAAUCCAACUCUGAAAGAAACUCAGAAGAAACCAUUUGUAGGAAGUUGGGUUAAAGGCUUAUUAAGCAAGGGUGCUUCUUUUAUGCCACCUUGUGUUUCAGCUCAUAACAGAAACACUGUAACUGAUUUGCAGCCUUCAGUUAAGGGGGCAAGUAAUUUUGGUGGCUUUAAAACAAAAGGCGUAAACCAAAAGGCUAACCGGGCUUCUAGGAAAGUUAAUAGGUGUGCAAGUAAACCUCCUACAGUUAGUAAUCCUCUAUCAAGCCGUCCAUCAUCUGGUAGCAUGACUUCUCAUGUAUGUGCUGCUAAUGUUAUUGCUGAUUCAGAUGUUUCGAAGAAAUGUGAAAAUGCCUCAUACGGAGCUCACCGCAGUCAGGAUUCUUACAUAAAAGAAAAUGAUAUUUCUUCAGCAAACCAUGAAGACUCUGUUGAGGGUCAGAUUCAUAAACUUCGUCUAAAACUUCUUAAAAAACUUAAGGCAAAAAAGAAGAAAUUAGCUGCUCUUAUGUCUUCCCCCAAAAAAGGAACACUUCCAAGUGAAAAAUUAGAACAUGUGUCCCAUUGUGGGUCUCGAAACAAUUGUGAAUCAAUAGAAGACUUGUUAAAAGAACUACAGUAUCAAAUUGAUACUGCUGACAAUAAAUCUGGGUGCACCAGAUUUCCAUACAGUAGUCAGAGUCAUGAAGAAAUUUUAGCAGAAUUAUUGUCUCCUGCAACUGUUGUCUCAACAGAGCACUCAGAAAAUGGGGAGGCAGACUUUAGAUACUUAGAAAUGGGAGAUGACAACAUCCCAGCACCAGUGUCUACUGAAUUAAACAAUAUUCCCCAAAACACACAUCUGAGACAGGACCAUAAUUACUGUAGCCCCACCAAGAAAAAUCAGUGUGAAGUUCAGCCAGACUCACUGACAACUAAUGUCUGCAUUAGGGCAUUGAACUUGGAAAAUUCCAUGAAGACUGAUAUUUUUGAUGAGUUUUUUUCCACUUCAGCAUUAAAUUCUUUAGCAAAUGACACAGACUUACCUCAUUUUGAUGAAUAUCUGUUUGAGAGUUGUUGAGUGCAUGUUACCUCUUUUUAGUUUAAUAUUUAUUACUGCUCUUGGGAAAGCUUACUGUUAUUAAGUAGUGUUUACACACUGGCCUUGUCAUGAACAAAAUAUAAGCUACUGAAGAUUUUACCUUUGGUUCUACUCAAAAAGCAUGUCAUCUGUUUUUUUGGUUUUUUUUUUUUUUGUCAUCU